CACAGGCAACUCGCUAGUCCUGUAAAGAAACCUGGUCAGGGGUCACACCAUCCAAAAACCAAGAACAAUUAGGUUUAUAGUAACUCUUAACAUAAUGGCAUCAGUUUCAGAAGACAACCUAGAACUCCAGGAGAUUCAGAAGCUCGAAGGCCACACAGACAGAGUGUGGGGCCUCGCCUGGAACCCCACUUCCGGCGCCGACGGCGUGCCCGCCGUUCUUGCUUCUUGUAGCGGCGACAAAACCGUGAAAAUCUGGCAAAAAAGCCCCUCCACUAGCUCUUUUCACCUCAAGGCAACUAUUGAAGAGACUCAUACUAGAACUGUUAGAUCAUGUUCCUGGUCACCAUCUGGUAAAUUAUUAGCAACUGCAAGCUUUGAUGCUACCACUGCCAUCUGGGAACAGGUUGGGGAUGACUUUGAAUGCUUGGCCACCUUGGAGGGUCACGAAAAUGAAGUUAAAAGUGUUUCAUGGAAUGCAUCCGGCUCCCUCUUAGCUACUUGUAGCAGAGAUAAAUCAAUUUGGAUUUGGGAAGCUUUGCCUGGCAAUGAAUUCGACUGUGUUUCAGUCUUACAGGGGCACACACAAGAUGUCAAAAUGGUCCUUUGGCACCCUUCCGAGGAUAUAUUAUUUUCAUGUAGCUAUGAUAACACUAUUAAGGUUUGGGCUGAAGACGGCGACAGUGACGAUUGGCAUUGUGUUCAGACUUUGAAAGAAGCAAACAAUGGACACUCAUCUACAGUAUGGUCUAUAUCUUUUAAUGCCACUGGAGAUAAAAUGGUUACUUCAAGUGAUGAUCUUUCCAUAAAGGUAUGGGGUGCAGACAUUGUGAGAGUGCAGUCCGGUGAGGGCUAUGCACCUUGGAAACACCUUUGCACUCUAUCUGGCUAUCAUGAUCGAACAGUUUUCUCAGUCCAUUGGUCAAGAGAAGGAAUAAUUUCUAGUGGAGCAGCAGAUGAUGCUAUUCGUUUAUUUGUUGAGAAUCAGGAUGACUUGGGUGAUGGACCUAUGUAUAGAUUACUUUCGAAAAAGGAGAAGGCUCAUGAACAGGAUGUGAACUGUGUGCAGUGGGGUUCCAAGGAGAGCGGGCUACUUGCCUCUUCAAGUGAUGAUUGCAGCGUUAAGAUAUGGAAGUUGGGUCCUCGCCAUUAACAUAUAUACACAAAAUACAGCCAGCAUUAAAUGUUGUGCCAUAUAUGUGAUUUGCACAUUUCAGCAGUAUUCUAUACUGUGUGAUUCAUCAAAAGUGAACGGUUGUAAUUUUUAUGGCAGAACAUUAUAGUUACCAUUGUUUUGUGACAAUAAAAUAGUGCGGGGUAGGCAGUGCAGUUGUAAGUUUUGAUCUUAGCCAUGCUAAUGAAAUUUUGGGUUUCUUCUC